GCUGCUCUUACAUACACAUUAUUAGAGCACAGAGUUCCUGGUGUGGGAGGUACAAUUCACCCGGGUAGAGUCACUGCUUUGCUUCUCUCCACACCCCAUUGCCUGCUCAGUAGCUGCAUGGGAAGCGCGCAGGUCUAAGUCCUCUCUCCAAACACACAGGUGCUGCCCCCUGUAAGCAGCUACACGCGAGAAACAACACCCAGGAAACAACUGGACAUUUCUGUACCCUACCUGAUUUAUUCCUAAAAUGGCUGUCAGAUCUCACUACCAGGGAUUUGGGAUGGAAGACACUGUGUGGGAGCAGUAUACGGUCACUUUACAAAGGGAUCAUAAAAAAGGAUUUGGGAUUGCAGUUUCUGGAGGAAAAGACAAUCCACAUUUUAAAAAUGGGGAUAAUUCUAUUGUGAUCUCAGAUGUGCUCAUGGGAGGUCCUGCAGAUGGUUUACUACAGUUGUGAAAAGACCACGGAGGGCGCAGAUGGGCAUUCCAAGUAAAUCUGAGCCUGCCUUAGAUGUUAUGGAGGAUUAUCCAGAAUUUGAGAACAGAACUGCAUACAAUGCUUACAGUGAGAGGAGUGGGUUUGGAGGCUCUCGUAGUCGUGAUCCCAGCCCAGACAGGGUGUACAAGAGGGACCAAGAAAGAGGUCCUUUCUACGAAAGAGACCAGAGAGGUUAUGGGAGCAGAGCCAGAAGUGUUGAUAGAGGUCUUGACAUGGAUUAUGAGAUUAGAGGAGACUCCAGUCGUGGAAGGAGUAUAGACCGGGAUCUUGAUGAUGACCGUAUGUACCGGAGGGAACACAGCCGUGGUCGAAGCAUAGAUCGUGAUCUAGAUGACAAUCGCAUGCACGCCAGAGAACGUAGCCGUGGCAGAAGCCUUGAUCGUGAUCUGGAUGACCCACAUAGCUACAAAAGGGACAACAGUCGUGGCAGGACCUUGGACAGAGAUGAUACGUAUGAUAGAAGAACAGAUUACAGCCCAGAGAGAGGUUAUGGCAGGAGAGUUUCCCCUGAGCGAAGAUACGAAAAAAAUACACAGAAAAGUCAUAGCAGGGACAGACUUCAAUCACAUAGCCCUUCACCUGAACCGUAUGAAUAUUCAGAUAAGACCAACUGUGUUCUCCUAACAAAGAAUAAAUCCAAUGAAGAGUAUGGUCUCCGUCUUGGCAGUCAGAUAUACAUUAAGGGACUAACAAACACAGGCCUUGCUGCAAAAGACGGAAAUUUGCACGAAGGAGACAUUAUUCUCAAGAUUAAUGGUACUCUGACUGAGAACAUGUCCUUAGCGGAUGCCCAGGCUCUAAUAGAAAAAUCUCGAGGGAAACUUCAGCUGGUGGUGCUGAGGGACAAAAAACAGACUCUGAUCAACUUGCCAUAUGUGGAAGACAGCGAUUCAGAAAUGGAAGAUGACCGCCCUCAGGUACACAAGAGAAGGAAUCCAAGAUCAAAGGAGCUGUAAAUAAGAGCCAGGUUCAUGACACACAGAUUACAGAUUCUGGAUGAAGUUCAGUCAGCUGUUUUAUCUAACCAAAGAUCUAUAAGAUAAUUUUCUAUUUUGUAUUCCACUAAGCACUGAAAAUGUUUGAACUAAAAUGAAACAAUAAAUAAAAGAUUUUUAUUUUAAAAUGGAUUCAUAAAAAUA